AUGGGGAACCAACCGUCUGCGAUUCUCGACAACAUAGCCUCCGGCUCGAAUUUCGACCGUGAGGAGGUUGACAGGUUGAGGAAGAGGUUCAUGAAGCUUGACAAGGACAACUCCGGUACUAUCGAGCGCGACGAAUUCCUAGCCCUUCCCCAGAUCUCCUCGAACCCUCUCGCAACACGAAUGAUUGCCAUCUUCGACGAGGAUGGUGGCGGUGACGUCGACUUCCAGGAGUUCGUCUCUGGUCUCUCAGCCUUCAGCAGCAAAGGAAACAAGGAAGAGAAGCUCCGUUUCGCUUUCCGUGUGUACGACAUCGACCGCGACGGCUACAUCAGCAACGGCGAGCUCUUCAUUGUGCUCAAGAUGAUGGUGGGAAGUAAUCUGAAGGAUCAGCAGCUACAACAGAUUGUCGACAAGACCAUCAUGGAGGCCGAUCUGGACCAUGAUGGCAAGAUCAGCUUCGAGGAGUUCACGAAGAUGGUCGAAAACACGGAUGUAUCAAUGAGCAUGACCCUGGACCAGUUUUAA